CUGUCAUAUGACCAUGUGGAUGUGAAUCUGGUUUAUGGGUCCUGUCAAAGGCCGAAACGAGCAUCUUUUACUUAUCUGAUACUUUUUAACGUUUAGUUUACGUGUGGUGGGAUUUAUCGUUGCGACCCGUACAUGAUAAACGUCAUGUCGUGGAUAAAAUCAGUGGCAUGUACCGAGGAUGUCUUCGACGAAGAUGUGGAUGAUAUUAGUCUACAGAACAAAGAAUGGAAAUACAAUAUGGAAAAACGCGCAAAGGUUUGAACAGAUGACCGUGCCGUUUAACAAAUCACUUAGUCUUACAGUUUACAGACAAUGCUCAGAUGUAUUGGUUCGAGAUACAUAGGAGCUUGUCUGAAGACAUCAUUUUCAUAUAUGGCUAGCUUUCUGGAGCAGGAGACGUCUUGCACUAGAUAACCGGACACCUUUCCUAGAGAAGUUGAUUUAUUGGGAGCUGUCACUGUGUCCUGUGCUAAAAUGGGGAACUGUUGUACAAAAAUGUGUGGACAACAAAGCCCAUGUCAGCUUACGGAGGAUGAGACGAAAGGCCUGUUACACAGCUCUGAAUCAAAGACAUCAACCAAGGCAGGAACAGAAACUUGCACCAGUCCGGUCUCAGAUGAAGACAAAUGGCAACAAGAAACAAAACCAGCACUGGAUACAGCUAUAACCAAGCAGCCAACUGCAGAGUCCGACAUUCUUAAAGCACAAAGUAGUUACUCUCAAACAAUACCCAUUUUACACACCGAACAAUCCCUCUCUUCAAAGGUGGAUCAUCUUAUCUCACUUGAAACGACACCAACAGUGGCUGGAUGCUUGGCUAUGGAAACGGAUGUACGAAAGAUUGAAGUACAAGACAUCCAAAACUUUGCCUCAGAGGAACCUCAAGACGAAGUUGAAGGACCUGAGGAUGACGCCUCACAAGUAAAAAGGGAAACGGACCGUCAGCUUGGAUCACCUGAACGAGUCGCACCAGUACCGACAGACAAAGCAGGUGUAUCCUCAAUGAGUCAGGACUUAACAUUUGCACCUGUUAAGGAGGCACCUGUUAAGGAAAUGCUUGUUAAGGAGGAACCUGUUGAGGAAAUGCCUGUUAACGAGGCACCUGCUGAGGAGGCACCUGUUGAGGAAAUGUCUUUUAAGGAGGCUCCUGUUAAGGAGGCAACUGCUGAGGAAAUGCUUGUUAAGGAGGCACCUGUUAAUGAAGCACCUGCUGAGGAAAUGCCUGUUAAGGAAGCACCUGUUGAGGAAAUGCCUGUUAAGGAAGCACCUGCUGAGGAAAUGCCUGUUAAUGAGGCACCUGUUGAGGAAAUGCCCGUUGUGGAGGCACCGGCUGAGGAAGUUUUUGAGGCACCCAUGUUUGCUUGGGUAGAAGCUGAGAUAAAUUUGCCUGAGGUAAAACCAGAAACGCAUGUUUCAGGUAAAAAGAAAAUGCUACAAAUAGGAGAACUUACUCCAAAUGUCACCAGUGAAGUGAAACAAGAGGUCAGUCUGAUUCCUGACACAGGGGAGAUUGCGGUGACUGACAACAACAGCACAGAACCUCACUCACGCAUAUCAGGUCACUUAAAUCAUCAUUUGGAUGCUACAGAGGAAAGUGUGACUAAAGUGACGUGUGAAGAGUCAACACUUGAGAAACCGCAGCAAGAAGCCUCUGAAACUCAGGAAUAUUCAAAGCAGGUUGUGGAUAUUACAAACGGACUCUCUCCUGAUGUGGAAAAUGGUUUAAUGAAGGAUUCGAACAACCCUAGCACUGAGAAUAAAACGGGGGUUGAUGUCACAGUGGUGGAAGAGUGUCAAAAAGAUGACGCAGGCCUGAAACCGAGCGAGGAAAUCUUAGAUAUAGCGAAUGAAGAAUUGUCCUCUAAAUCAUCUACAAAUACUCACAGCGCUGUUCAGGUGGACACAAACUCUCUGACAAACCAAGAGGAGAAUAAAGAUAUUGCACACCAGGAGCAAGAAGGUUCUCAAAAUGGCCUGAACUCCAUAAGUGCCUCUGCGGCAUCCAGUCCCACUGAGAAAACCACGCCAUUUGAGCCAACCAGCGAUGCUGUUGCUGUAGAAACCACUGAGGUCGAAGGUGAAGUUACUGCACUGAAGGAGGAGAAAUCACUGGAACCACAAGACGAUGCGGAGCCUGAACCUCAACAAAGAGAAGAAGAAAUAGAAAAGCAGGAAGAGGUAACAAAAGAGCAGAAAGAGGAAUAUCAAAAGCAGGGAGACGAAAUUCAAACGCAGGAAGAGGAUAAACAGAAAGAGGAAUCUGAUGUAACCCAGCAAAAUGAAGAAAAAGAAUGCCCAGAAAAGUCAGAGACCCAGAAGGGAGGCGUCAUAUUCAGUAGUGGAAAAGUGGAGGUGCAGUUGUUACCUGUGCCCUCAGUAGGGAGUGUGGAUGAAGUACAGAAGUUGGAUGAGAGUGCAGACCUAUAUCUGGGAGCGGAGGAAAUUGAAAAGGGAGCCAGUAAAGAGAAGCCAUCAUCAACACCAGUGCUGGAGUUCACAAUUCCUGGUGUAGAGAGCAGAAGUAGUUUAGCUCCAGCAGUGGAUAUACUGGCCUACAGUGAGAGAGAAUGGAAAGGCAACACAGCCAAAAGCGCACUGAUCAGGAAGGGUUAUAGUGAGAUGGCCCGUAGCUUCAGUGGUCUAAAACAGGUGAGAGGUGACAACUACUGUGCCCUACGUGCCACACUGUACCAGGUACUGGCAAACAGCACAAACACUCCCGCCUGGCUACAGGAUGAAGGCUUUCUGUCGUUGCCGGAAACGAUUGAAGCUCGGGAGCAUCUGAUAGGUGGAUGGGCCUUUCCUCCAGAAUGUACAUGGGGAAGUGAAAAGGAUUCGGUAGAGAGGAUGAUAUAUUAUCUGGACCUCUUUAAGAAAAAAUGGCAGGCGGCAGCAGCCUGCGAGAGUCCAGAGGAGCAGCAGUGUUUGUGUGACCGCGUGUUUCAGGGUGGUGAGGAAGAGUAUGGUCUUCUGGAAGCACUCAAGUUUCUGAUGCUGGCCAAAGCUAUUGAGCUUCACGGCAACAUGGUGGCAGAUCAAGAAGUGCCUGUGUUCUGCUGGCUCCUUUUUGCCCGCGACACAUCAGAAAACCCCAAAACCCUCCUGGCCAAUCACCUGAGCCAGAUCGGCUUCAGUGGAGGGGUAGAACAGGUAGAGAUGUUUCUAUUGGGCUAUGCCUUACAACACACCAUCCAAGCCUUUCGUCUGUACAUGACGGACACGGUCGAGUUUGUCACGCAUUACCCAGACGACCACAAGCAUGAGUGGCCGUGCGUGUGCAUCGUCACAGAGGACGACCGCCAUUACAACGUCCCCGUCAGGAACGCACAACACCAGCAAGGAAACAACAUCACAGUGACUUAACAACAGCGACCUCAGAGAACAGAUGCCAUCUAAAAAGUGGCAUGAUUUGUUUUGUGAAACCGGUUGUUUAAUGAAUGAAUGAAGCAGUUUACUGAGAUCAUGUUGCAAGCGCUCAGGUUUUUGUCCCCCAAAUGAAUCACACAACUAACAUGCUGCCUGAUAGGAAAUACUGUGAUAGUGUCGCUGGUUCAGAAAGAAACAUUUACGAGUUAUUUCUUUAUUUUGCACUGUUGGAUUAUAGUUGGAAAUUGUGAUUUUUCAUAUUCGUUGCUAAAGAAUACUUAAACGUUUACACUAAUGUUAGAGAAUAUUCAUUCAGAAGAAUUUUAUUAUGUUAUGGGCAUAGUAAGGGAAUUGAGGUUCUUAUGAAGUCCCUUUGAUAUAGAUUUAGUCAUUUAUAUUAUUUAAAAAAAAAAAAAUUAAAAUGCCAAUGUUUUUCAAGGUAGGAGAAAAAUGCAAUCUUUGGUCUUUUCCUAGGAUUGCUACUUAAAAAUGACAUAUUUUACCAGUACGAGUUCAUUUUCCAUACUGAUAUUAAGCUUCACUGCCGUGACUGUGCCAAGAAAAUGUGUGACCAUGCCUGUGAAAACCCAGCUAAAGUCAUUUUU